AUGCGCAUGCGAACGGUGUUUGCGUUUCUUGAGGCUGUUGAGCCACUUGUGCGCGGGAACGUGGGCCCACCCGGUACGGAGCUCCGCAACGGCAAGAAGCUCCUGCAGCAGAAGAUGGAUUUCUACAACAACCCUCAGAACGAUAAGAUUACGGCGCUGAAUGACGACAUCAACCAAGUAGUAGACGUCAUGAUGGAUAACAUGGAUAAGGUGCUUGCCCGCGGUGACCGCAUUGACACUUUGCACGAGAAGUCAAACACGCUAGCGGACCAGGCAGAACAAUUUAAGCAGCGUUCGACGCAGUUGAAGCGGAACAUGUGUCUGAAGAACCUCAAAUUGACGCUUAUGAUUGCCGGCGUGGUGGGCAUCGUUAUUCUUAUUAUUGUCAUUAUUGCCUGCAAGCCCAAUUUUUCAAAUUGCAAGUGA